AUGAACCAAAUCAAGCAGAUCCACGCCCACUCCCUCCGGCAUGGCAUCGACUACAUCCAACUCCUCGUUUUGAAGCUCCUCCAAAUCCCCAACAUCCCCUACGCCCGCUCCCUCCUCGACUCCAACCCCACUCCCCCCUCCACCUUCCUCUAUAACAAGCUCCUCCAGACCUACGCUGCCCGCGGCCCCUUCGACCAAUGCCUCGCCCUCUUCGCCCGCAUGCGCCGCCGCCCGCUCCACCACCCACCCAACCUCCACUCCUUCGUCUUCCUCUUCUCCGCCUGCGCCUCCUUCGCCCGCCCCGCCCACGGCCGCGCCCUCCACGCCGACUUCGUCAAGUCCGGCUUCACCUUCGACGCCUUCGUGGCGACCUCUCUCCUCGACAUGUACGCCAAGGCCGGCCUCCUCGCGUCCGCCCGCCGCCUGUUCGACGAAAUGCCCCACAGAGACGUUGCUCUCUGGAACUCCAUGAUUGGUGGCUACGCUAAGUGCGGCGAGCUCGCAAAAGCAAAGGAGCUCUUCGACAUGAUGCCUCUUAGAAAUGUGAUCUCGUGGACGUCGAUGAUCUCUGGCUACUCCCAGAACGGGAAGUAUGAGGAGGCUAUCGAGGUGUUUGUUAGGAUGUGGGAGGAGGGGGAAGUGAGGCCGAAUGAGGUGACGCUUGCGAGCGUCCUUCCUGCUUGUGCGAACCUUGGGGCGAUGGGGUUGGGGGAGAGGAUUGAUGUGUAUGCGAGGGAGAAUGGGCUCAUUGGGAACGUGUUUGUGAGCAAUGCUUUAGUGGAGAUGUAUGCCAAGUGCGGGAACAUCGAGCGGGCAAGAUGGGUGUUUGAUGAGUUGGGUGAGCGGAGGAAUUUGUGCUCGUGGAAUUCGAUGAUCAUGGGGUUGGCGGUGCAUGGAAGGUGGAGAGAAUGUCUUGAGCUUUUCCAUGGGAUGAGGGCAAGAGGAAUUGUCCCUGAUGAUAUUACAUUCGUCGGUGUUCUAUUAGCUUGCAUUCAUGGAGGACUGGUAGCAGAGGGGCAGCAUUUCUUUGAAUCCAUGGAGAAAGAGUUUUCUCUUGCUCCUAAACUAGAACACUACGGUUGCAUGGUUGAUCUACUGGGUCGAGCUGGACUUCUAAAAGAAGCAUACAGUCUGAUAACCAAUAUGCCAAUGGAACCAGAUUCAGUGAUAUGGGGAGCUCUACUGGGAGCCUGCAGUUUCCAUGGUGAGGUCCAAUUGGCAGAAACAGCAGUGGAGUUCCUCUUUAAGCUUGAGCCAUGGAACCCAGGGAACCAUGUGAUUCUUUCCAACAUAUAUGCUUCGUCAGGCAGGUGGGAUUGUGUUGCUAAAGUAUGGAAGCUGAUGAAAGGGAAGCAACAUAAGAAAUCAGCUGGAUAUAGCUUUAUUGAGUUAGGAGGUAGCAUGCAUAAGUUCCUUGUGGAGGAUAAAUCCCAUCCUAGAUUUAAAGAGAUUUAUGCGUUGUUGGAUGAGAUUACAGCAAUUAUGAAGCUUCUUGGUUAUGUUCCCAAUUUGGAUCUCCAGGUUGAAAGCUGAGCAAUCUGUUCAUCUUGAUGGACUUUGCAAUGCAGGGCUGAAGAUGCUUGAAGAAUGCCUGUCAUGUUGUUGCAUUAGAAAUAAAUGAGUUUCUGUAAUUUUGCACAUGAUGGCAUGCCUGAAUCCAACUGACAGUGUUGUGUUUUAAUCUCACCGGAGCUUGACACAUCACAUGCACAUUGUAACAAAAGAGGAAACAGUAUUUGAUGGAUGUCUGUGAUUUUACCAACGGUUGAAACAAAAAUGAAGGUCGGAUGUCAAGAGUGAAGGUUUUCUUUAAGAGAAGUGCAAGAGCUGUGUGCCUGUCCAAAUUGUUAAGACGGAUAAACGAAGAGCCUCCCAGGAUUUUCUGGUUAUAUAUGACAAUAUAUGUCUGCUGGAGAAACCAAUGCAGAAGAAUGCAUGUAGAUUUUAAAUGAAUGGGCUCAUGAAGCUACAGGAAUCUUAUUGGUGAGUAGAGUUAUACAGAUUUUAGAUUUUGGCCUCGUCAGACCUGUUUUUUUAAAUCUGUAGGAUCAUUGGUGAAUCCUAACAAUAGUGAAAGAUAGCAGAUAGCAAGUUCAUGAUUUUGCAAGAAGCUUAAAGACCCUUAUUGAUGUACAAAUCUCAAGCCAUUGUUGUAUUGAGAGCUCCAUGGAGGUCUUCAUCUGAUAACCUCCUUAUGUAUUUAUAGAAAAACUCCCUGCAAGCUUCUUUCAUGGAUGAUCUCUUGGUAGUUUUCUCCAACUU